AUGGAGCCCUCAAGUGGAAUAAAAACACCUGAUAGGAGAGGCAGCCAGGCUAGCCCUGGCCUGCACCAGGAAGGCCAGGGUGGCCACACCUUGGCUGAAGAAGCCAAGGUGGAUUUAUAGGGGAUCUGGCUGGUGAAACUAAUUUAUUCACGCCAAGAAUCACCAUAGAGGAUAGAUUGACCCCUGAAAUAUGAUCCCAGAACCUUCACACUCUUGCCUCAACGGAAGAAAAGGGUCAGGAAAACGAAGAAGGACUUGAGAAUGGCAGAUCAACCAGAGAUACUUUCCCUAACAUCACAGUGGUUCAGAACAAGCUCAGGAACAGUAGUAUCCAUGAACCAAAGUCAAAGACCCAAGAAAGAUUCACUUGAAUAGAAAAGCUUUCUGAAGGAUCUGGAGAAAACUGGAGGAAAUAUAGUUCACCACACAAAGCUAACAAGCGAUACCAAAUGACCUUAGAUGAGAUCUAUGAGGACUCACAAAUGAGUGUAUCAGUUCCUUCUUCAUUAAGGGAUGAUGACUCCUUCUCUGGCUAUGGCUCUGAAGUUGUCGAGAUUCAUCCUGAAAAUCACUCAGACGCAAGCAUCACUGAAGAAGAGUUUAGAGUAGGGGUCCUAGAGACAAUUGAUGAAGUUGAAGGGCUCUCAGAACCAUCUCCAUUUCAAACUCCUAAUGAAAGAGCCUCGUUAGAAUCUGAAGAAAUGAGUCCUGUCAUCCAAGAAGACAUGAAAUAAACUUCUCACAAAUUACAUUCAAGAGCGAAGCCAAGAUCGGUUAUUUAGCUUCAAGAAUAGUGACGAGCCUUUUGAACAGGCUUCUCCAGUGAAGAUCCAAGAUGAGAGCUGCCCAAAAAGGUCAGGAAGCAUCAUGAGGGUAAUGUUCGCAAAUGAAGUCUAUUACAAGUCUUUUACUGAAGAAGACUAUGAACUCCCUGAGCAAAGAGAAAGCUCUCCUGAAAGAUUCGAAAAGUUCGAAUUUGAAGACGGGAAGCAGAAUCAAAAUCCAAACUCCUCUAGCCCUCAAGUGCUUGAUUACUACAAGUCUUCCAAUAGAAAGAGAAACGUGAUUAUCCAGAUUGAAGUAGAUGAGGAUAGGAAAUAUGAGAAGCCAGAAGUGAGUCCUCUUGGACUUCUAGGCAUGGACGGCCUAAACCCCUCCAAAUAUACCUCUUCCAAAAAGUCUGAAACAGAGUUUAUUUGUAGUAAGAACUUUAACUACACGAAUUCUGAGCCUGUAACUCCUGAGCACAUGCCUUACUCUCUCAAGACAAGGAAGGAGGAACCUCAGUCUGACAAACUUCGCUUGAAGAAGGAAUCUUCAGCCACUGUUCGGGAGACCACAUCUUUACAAACAAUUGAGUCUUCAGUUGAUCCAGGUUCUUUCAAGCUAGUAGAUUACUGUGUUGAUCAAUGAUAUCCCAAGAAUCAAGACCACCAGUCAAAUCCUACAAGAAAAAGUAGCAGUAAAAUAAGUGAACCAAGAAUGAUAAAGUAUCCAGGAGAACCAAUAGUGGACUCUUCACGUAUAAAAGGAAGUGACUACUCCACCAAACUUGAAGAGGUUAAGCAAUGCCCUGCUACAUCUCCUUCAUUUCCCUCCUGCUGUCCUAUUCCACAACCCAGACCUACACUAGGCGACUCAAUUCUAUCUCUGCUUGUUCCGGCCCCUACAAUCAAGAAGGCUCUUCAGGUGACUGCCAAAGUGCUUGAUCCAAGCUUAAGUCAAAAUUCUGAAAACAGCUGAGAUGAUUGCUAUCCAAGCAUGCAUGAAGGCACUAAACCUCUUGGAGUACCUACCCAUCCAGCUGGAAGUAGCGAAGAUUACGAGUACAUGGAUAAACCCUACAGUCGACCAAGCGACUUCAGGUAUAGAGGUUACAGAGGAUAACUUUGUUCAGGAAAAAAUCAAUUUUUACACAAGGAAAUCACUUCUUGCGUAAUUCAGUUUU